AGAGACUAGAAAGGCUCAUUGGCUUUCUGAAUACGACCGACUAUUGCAAAGUCUCAGUAUUUCAGGUACAAGAGGAAGGCCCUUCCCCUUUUCUUUCCUCAGUUGCUGUUACUCAUAGAACAGUUAACAUCUGGUGAGGAAAAGACAGAGAAGAAAAACGUGACACAGAGAGAAAAAGCUUCCUCGUGGGGUAUCAUCAGCAUCUCUCAUGCCCAGGGAAAGGGACUCCGCAGAACCAAGAACGAGGGUGUAGUCCCACGCUCCGGUAAGGGGGAGUUUCCAAGAAGUGGCAUCAACCCAGAGAGAAGAGCAAAGCAUGUUCCCAGAAAGACACGAAGCCACCCACACUCCAUGGCAGAGGAGACAGCUUCAGAGAUCCCUUCGCCAGUGUGCCAGAGGAGGUUGGCGGGAGCAAGAAUCACAAGUUUUAGUGCAGCUGCAGGAUCUCUUAGAUAAACUCCCAGUCUGCCAUACCUACAGGAGAAACGGAGCACCAGUCAACAUGAUCUUGAACACCGUUCUUGUUUCCUUCAUCCUUCAGUUGGGGAUGAUGCUUCCUGUCCUUGAAUGUUUAGACAUAAACAUUGUGGCCCAUAAACCUGUUAUCCUUAGCUGUCCAGUACAUGCCAAAAAACCACAAACAUCGAACAAGGUGUUUUGGAAACAUAACCAGAAAGAUAUAAUAAAAUACACUGAAGGGAGAGUUUUUAAAGGAGACAAGUCUGCAACAUAUACAUUUGUGAAUGCAGACAAUGGGAAUUACUCUUUAAAUCUGAUAAAUCCAGAAGAAGGACAAUAUAUCUGUAAAGUGGAGGAAAACAUACUAAGGACUUACGACCUUACAGUGUGGGAAAUAACAGGAUCUCAACAAAAAUACUUCCUGCAAGGUGAAUCCCUAACUUUGUCAUUGAAGCAGCAUGCUACUGUCAUGAAGGAGGUCAAGGUCAAGUGGGUUAGUCCCAACAAGGUCAGUGUAACAGGUGAAGAAUCACACUGGCAGCUGCGAAACAAUAAUCAAGAUCUGCACAUCAAAAAUCUGGAAUUUGAAAAGGACCAUGGCGCCUGGGGAUGUCACAUCUUUCUGGACAAUGUACUUAUAAUCUCCCACAAUGUCAACGUCAAUGUGAUAGGUUUUCUCAAAGCCUCAGCUAAAGAUGAUGAUGAAAUGAUGUUUGCUGUUGUCAACAGUAAUGUGACUCUUUCAUGCCUAUUGAACAUCAACCUCCAAGACCAAAAGGACAUUCUUCUGAAUGGGGAAUGGUUGAAAGAUAAUAUAAUUCUUGGGAAAGAGAACAUAUCCAGCAGUAACUCUACCUCCUCACUUGACAAAAAAUUACCAAAAGUCCAGUUUGAGGAUGCGGGAAGGUACCAGUGCCGCCUCAAAUUAGAAAAUAGGCAGUUGGAUAAAUUCAUCCAGCUGGUGGUGAUGAAAGUCUUUCUUGAGCCCUCCUCGGAAGAAGGCAAAGGGACCUUGUGCUGCCAAGUCUCUGCUCCUGCCCCUCCCACGACACAACUGUGCUGGGUUCAUGCGAAUACGACCAAUUGUUCUCAUGGCUUUUUAGAUAGUCCGUUUUGUCACCCAGUCACAACCACAGGACUCUGGAGGUGUGAUCUCAAAGUGAAGAAUGAAGAGAAGAGAAGUGUUAACUAUUCCACGGUGAAGGAGGAGGUCACAGCGAUGGGAGACCAUGCAUUCCCAGUGACAGAAGUUCUUUCUGGAGCUGGUGUGACUCUGCUACUGUUGAUCAUUGUAGGCACGCUUGUGCCUGCUUGUAAAAUGAUUAGACGGAAAAGGCAACAAGUCAAGAGAAUGGCCCUGGCUAAGCAACACUUGCUUGCAAAGAGGACUUGUCAGUGUCAGAGGGAACUGACGAACGAUUACUACCAUACCUGAGGCAGAAAGCUACAGUGUUAUUGACAUCGGAUCCAUUCUGUGCCAUUUCGUCCUUAUACUUUGUUUUUGUUCAUUUGUUUGUUUACCUUUCUUCUUUAUCUUAAUAUAUACUGCAAGACUGUGAACUGCAUAUAUGCUGCAAAUAUAUGGAUCAAACUAGAAGUUAAGAGAAAUGUCUAUUUCCUUGGUUUUUCUCAGUGGCCAAUCACAAAACAGAACAUUGUAUAUGGAAGAUAAGUAGAGAGGAUUUUUUUCUGAUACAUAAGCAUAUUGUCCAGGCUUGACCUAAGAAUGAGUGAACACAGGCAACCUUGUCUUGGAUAUUUCUAAUAUUCUUCCAUGGGAAAAAUUCCUUAUCUCUUCAACUGAUCCACAGCAAGGGUAUAAUUCAAAACCCUGAGUUGUGCUGACAAUCAUUAUAUGUUUUGACUUUAAUAGAAGUUGCUUGCAGAACUAGGAAUUUCAGAUUUCCUUUCACACUCUCCCCGCCCUGGAUUCUUCCGAGGCUCUCUGUGAGAGCAACGCAGCAAAUUAAGCCAAUGGUAGCGGGGAAAGCUGUAUUACACACUUCUAUCUAAGCCAGCUUGCUGUGCUAUCAGAGCAGAUCAAAUGCAGUGAACAUGCCGGUCACAUGGAAUUGUAAGUCAUAUGCCCAACCGAAAAUUAAAACAAGUGUAUAAAUGUUUGAGUUUCAGAUCUUCUCUUGGUACUGAUAUUUGUAAGAAAACAAAAAUAAAAUGGAUUACAUAUGGCAAAGGA